CUGCCUCUGGAACAAACCAAAACGUAAAAAACAUCCUUUCCCGCUACCCAAGCACCGAACUCAGAGACCAUCUCUCUUCACGUCGGUGAGCUCCACGCCUGCCCUCCCUUUCCUUCCGUGGAGCCCCACCCUGACCGGCAGCACCGGGCUUCCCAAGGAGAGCUGAUGGGUCCUCUGUAGCAGGUGGUGCAGAAGGCAACGAGAAACGACCCUGGAGACCCCCCACCAAAGAGGCGCGGGAGCCGGAGGAAUGGCGUUCAGCUCUUGGCAGAUCCUGUCCCCCGUGCAGUGGGCGAAAUGGACGUGGUCUGCGGUGCGCGGCGGGGGCGCCGGAGAGGACGAGGCCGGAGGGCCCGAGGGCGACCCCGAGGAGGAGGACUCGCAAGCCGAGACCAAAUCCUUGAGUUUCAGCUCGGAUUCUGAAGGUAAUUUUGAGACCCCUGAAGCAGAAACUCCCAUCAGAUCUCCUCUCAAGGAAUCCUGUAAUUCAUCACUAGGAUCGACACCACCGGGGGCCAAAACCCAAGAAUCACAAGAAACAGAUGAACAACUGGUAGCAGAAGUGGUUGAAAAAUGUUCCUCUGAGACUUGUUCUAUAUCCUCAGAAAAUGAGGUACCCCAGCAGGUUAUUGGUUCUUACUCAGUCAAGGAUUUCAAAGAACCUGAACAUGAUAUGAGCAAAAUUUCAGUAGUGAGGCCAUUUUCAAUAGAAAUCAAGAAUUCCACAGACAUCCCAGCAACUCUUGGAACAAAAGCAGCCUGUGGUUAUGUAACUGAAGUCUCAGGCGAGGCUUUGCCCUCCUCCAUGCCAGAAGCCAUCCAGGACAAGGCAAUGACAGAAGACACCAUGGGGGUUACCCUGAAGGCUUCCACAGAGGCUGACCUAAAAGCCAGCAACUCCUGUCUAGAACCUGUGCCCAGCAGAAGCAAACUAAGAAAGCCCAAACCCAUCUCCCUGAGGAAAAAAGCAAGCAGCUGUGAGUUGUCAGAAAUGGAAGUUACUCUGGAGGGCACGCCUCUCCCCCAGACAUCCUGUCAGUUCAGUGCCGAAGAAGUGAGUGGGAGCACAAAUUCUCCUUUGCUAGGAAGUGCCAGGAUCCAGAAAUCUCCCCCUGAUGUCAAGGAAGCAUCCAGGGCUCUCACCACUGACACCAAUGAUUCAGGAGUAGAGCUGCUAGAGGAGUCAAGAAGCUCACCUCUGAAACUUGAGUUUGAUUUCACAGAAGAUGUGGAAAAUAUUGAGUCCAGGAAAACCAUUCCAAGAAAACUUGGAAGGAAACUGGGUAACAAGUUGAACCCCAAGAUACAAAAAGAUGGUGUCAGUAAGCCAUUAGGAGCUAAAGAUACAGAACAACUUCCAGCUCCAGAAGAAGUCCCUCUCUCCCCACCACCUUCUAAGCUGGAUCCCAAUCAGUGGGAUAACCCCAACUUCAAUCCCUUUGGGGGUCACUCCACUCUGCAAAACUCCCCACCCCUCACCUCUAAAGGCUCCUACCACUUUGACCCAGACAACUUUGACGAGUCCUCGGAUCCCUUUAAGCCAACUACAUCUUUACCAAGCAGUGACUUUUGUUCUGCAGCUAACCAUGUUAAUGAGAUCUUAGAGUCACCCAAGAAGGCAAAGUCGCGUUUAAUAACGACUACUGAACAAGUGAAAUUUCUCUGUUUUCUGUUGAGUGGCUGUAAGGUGAAGAAGUAUGAAACUCAGUCUCUUGCUUUGGAUGGGUGUGCUCAGGAUGAAGAAGCAGUGAUCUCCCAGAUUUCAGACAUUUCUAAUAGGGAUGGCCAUGCUACUGAUGAGGAAAAACUGGCGUCCACUUCUUCGGGUCAGAAAUCAGCUGGGGCCGAGGUGAAAGGUGAGCCAGAGGAAGACCUGGAGUACUUUGAAUGUUCCAAUGUUCCUGUGUCUACCAUAAAUCAUGCGUUUUCAUCCUCAGAAGCAGGUAUAGAGAAAGAAUUGUGCCCGAAGAUGGAAAAAGAUGGAUCGGCUGCCGUUCCUGGGCUGUUGGAGUCCCAAAUUGAGAAGGCCCCCGUGUCUGUGGCCUGUGGAGGUGAGAGCCCUCUGGAUGGAAUCUGCCUCAGUGAGUCAGAUAAGACUGCUGUGCUUGCCCUGAUAAGAGAGGAGAUAAUCACUAAGGAAAUUGAAGCAAAUGAGUGGAAGAAAAAAUAUGAAGAAACCCGACAAGAAGUUUUGGAGAUGAGGAAAAUUGUGGCUGAAUAUGAAAAGACUAUCGCCCAAAUGAUUGAAGAUGAACAAAGGACAAAUAUGACUUCCCAGAAGAGCUUCCAACAGCUUACCAUGGAGAAGGAACAGGCCUUAGCUGACCUUAACUCUGUGGAAAGGUCUCUCUCUGAUCUCUUUAGGAGAUAUGAGAACCUAAAAAGUGUUCUGGAAGGGUUCAAGAAGAAUGAAGAAGCCUUGAAAAAGUGUGCUCAAGAUUACUUAGCCAGAGUUAAACAAGAGGAACAACGAUAUCAAGCCCUGAAAAUUCACGCAGAAGAAAAAUUAGACAAAGCCAAUGAAGAGAUUGCUCAGGUUCGAACAAAAGCAAAGGCUGAGAGUGCAGCUCUCCAUGCUGGACUCCGGAAAGAGCAGAUGAAAGUGGAGUCCCUGGAAAGGGCCCUUCAACAGAAGAACCAAGAAAUCGAAGAACUGACGAAAAUCUGUGAUGAACUGAUUGCAAAGCUGGGAAAGACUGAUUGAGUUUCCCCGUUAGCUCGGCAGAUUUGCAUUUGGCUGCUUCUUGUGACCACAAUUAUCUUGCCUUAUCCAGGAAUAAUUGCCCCUUUGCAGAGAAAAGAAAAAAAAAAAAGUCUAAAAAAAAGCACAUGCCUACUGCCGCCUGUCCCGCUUUGCUGCUGAUGCCACAGCCCUGGAAGGACUCUGAAGUGUCGCACAGUCUCAGAGGAGUGGAUCUGACAGUGCUAGAGUCUCGCAAUUCUGUCAACAGUUCAGAUGGCCAGGCUGCUGCGUGUGGGUUUGUGAUUUCUCUAUCUUCGGUUUGUUCUGGGUCAUCUUUACUUUUGAAAGUGCAUUGAGUUUGUGACUUUUGUGGUUACUUGGGGUCAUUGCAUAUCUACCACCUGUCUGAUUUUGUUUUGUAACAUAUUUAAUCCUUUAUCUUUUAUUUUUAAUAUUAAUGGUUUUACUUAAUUUGACUUGUUACUUCCAGUUAGAAACAAGGACUCUUGAAUGCCCAUUUAUACACAGACACACAUAUCUGUAUAUGCCACUAGGUUUUUCCUGUGGCAUAAUUAAGAAUUUUACAGUAGGACCUAUUUCCAUAAAUGUAAAACCCUGUUAUGAAAUAGAAUCCUGGCUUCAGGAUGCCAAUUUCAAAUUUAGGAGAUUGAAGAUGGGGAGACCCCAGAUUCAUGUCUCUCAUGACUCAGGUUUUGCAUCUGGGGAAGAUUGUGCCCUCCUGUCUUGUUGCCCUGGUAUGUGGACACUCCUCCGUUGUGAGGAGACUGGCCCUUUUGGCUUCGGUCCCCAGAUUGAAAGUUUUCCACUUUCCACACAAAGCAACAUGGGGUUCUCUCAGAGCUAGGGUUUGACAAGUCUAUCCUGGAGCGGCUAGUCUGCUAAGCUUCCAUUUGUUGCUACAAAAUCCACAUUUACUGUUUAUUUUCUUCUUAUUUGAAAUAUGCAAAGAAAAUCUUGUAAAAGGUUUAGACGAUCUUAUUUAAUUAAAAUGUCACUGUAACCCCAUUAGCAAUCAUAGGGUGAAGGAACAGUUGGAAUUUUCUAAGUGUAAUGCAUUAUUCUUAGAUGUUUUCUUUUUAAAGGCAAAGAGUCCUUUCAAACUUGAGAUACUAAACUCUAUAACAAAGAAGGCAAGGAAUAUGUGAACCACUCCAAAUAAUCAGCACAUUUUAAAUAUUUUUAAACAAAGACCAUUUGAAUACUGGAGGAGGGGCAUAAUCACUUAACCAAAUUCCUUAAGCUCUUACUGGACUUGGUCCAGAAUGGUGGGGGCAUUAACCCCAAGAUGGAAAUUUCCCAUAUAAUGCAGUGAAUUUCCUUCCAUUUGAUAGGCAAAACCAAAUCCAUGCAAGUGUUGUAAAGCACUCUUUUGUCUUAAUCUUACACCCUGAAAGUCUUCAUGGUGACAUGCACUACAUUCAGUACAAGUAAGUUUUCGUACCUUUCUUGUAAAACUAUUGCAUGAUUCAACUUCAGCAACUGAAUUGUGCCUAGUGGAGAACCUCUAUAGAUCUUUAACAAUGAGUUUUUCUUUAACCGUGUAUUCACAUGGGUGCAAUCUUUAGCCCCAGAGAGGUCAAUAAUGUCUUUUAAAGCCAGAAGUCACGUUUUACCAGUAUGAUUUAUCAUAAUUGGUGCUUAGGCUAUAUUUGAAAGCCUUUUGUCUUAACAUUUUGUAUGAAAAAGAACAACAGAAGUGAUCUGUGUUUGGAGGUGACUGGACAAUCAUUUGGCCUUUGAAAGCAGUCACUGUGGUUUAAUGUGAAUGCUGUACUGUAGUCAGAGUAUCCAUGGAAUAUAAGUGUCUCCAACUGGCGUAAGUGAUUUCUUUUUCAGUCCUCCACUACUAGGAAAAUUAGGAUUUUAUGCUAAGAAUCCUUGCUAAACCUUUUUGCUGCUGUUUUGGUGGAAUGCCCAUGUUUUCUUAUUUUAUGUUGACUGGUUCUAAGCAUGAAGACAUUUAUAAUGGUCCUCAUUAUGAGCCCAUUGCUUUUUUAAAGCAUCUUGUGUGGGGGAGAAAAAGUAACUAUGUGUUAAAACAGAGGUGAUGGACAAUCCUUCCCUAACUCACAGGUAGAAGAGACCCUUAGUGAAUGAAGUUUCCGCACAAAGAAUAUGAAACUUAAGUAAUACUUGCCUCUGGCUCAGCCUUGAUAAUUACAAGGAAAUAUUUGCUCUUUAUUCCAAUUUAAUAAAUGGAUAUUAUCCAGCAAGAAUAAAUGGAUAUUAUACAGCUGGCAAAUCAGUAGGAUACUGAGCAGAAUGAAGUACAUGUUCAUUUUCUGGCAAAUCAGUAGGAUACUGAGCAGAAUGAAGUACAUGUUCAUUUUCUUUAAAAACAAACUAUAGAAAGCUCCUUUAGAGUGUAAGAACUUUAAAGUGUAAGAACUGUCUAGAAUUUGGUAUCAAAGCACGUGAAAACUAAACUUACUGGUUAGGCACUAUUGGUUACUACUAUUGGCUAGUACUAACAAUCGUUAGUAAAUUCAGUUACAAAAGUAUGAAGGGGCCAAGAGAGUGAUUUGGGGAGUAAUCUGUGAUCUUGUUGAGAUUUUGGAUCCAGAGACAUUUCUUAAGAUUCUGACUGCAAAAGUGUGUAUAAAUUAUAUGCAGGUGUUUUAAUUGGAGGAUUUAAUGUAAGACCAAACAGUUUGUCACUAGGUUAGCUGGUCAGUUACAGUCAGAGCUCCAGGAUGUGCUUUAAUUGGAGAAGGUCCUGAAAGCCAGUGACCUGCCCAAACCUUCUGUUCUGUAAACUCGUCUGGAAAUAUUGAGAAGCCCCAUAUUUUCAUGUGGUUUUUAGCUUCUUCAAACCCAUCCAAAUUGGGAAGUGCAGAAGCACAUGAUGGUGAAAAACUGAGGGCAUGGCAGCCUUCCAGAAGGAUAUGGAAUCUAAGGGAAGAUUUACUUUUCAUUUGGUAGGACACCUCAAGUUGAAUUUUUUUUCUAGCCUGUUCCCCCUUUUGCCUGCCCCACACUUCAUACAAUUCUUACACAAAUACUUCAGUAUUUAUAAGUAGCCCUGAGUCAGAACUGUCUAAACUGCCCCAGAUGUCCAUGGGCUGACUAAAAGCAGCCCGAGUGAAGCCCUUAUUUUGAUAAAUACUAACAAGGGGCUUGGUGGUAGAUUUAAAACUCAAAAUGAAGAUGUUUGAAGAAUAAGAUUUGCUGAGUCUUAUGUACACUAGUUAUGGUGAAUCAGCACAUCUUGAUGGAGUAAAGAGCUCAAACCCGCCACUACCCCCUCCCCACCCCCGUUUCUGUCUGGUUUCCCACUGUGAUUGGUAACCACCUCAUGAGCUGUCCACAGCUGUUGUCCUGUCUCUGUUAUUUUACAUCCUCUGCGUCUGCUCUCGGACUUGGGAUUCUUACUUCAUCCUUCUUGUAGGAAGAGAGAAACCAGGUAUUGAAAGGUUAAAUGAUUCAAGCAAAAGAUUUUAAAGUAAAGACAUAUAUAUAUAUUCUGAAGAAUUUAAAAGAUGAUAGAUUAUUAUUUGCUUAUUAAAAGUCUGGAAAUCCCAGAAUGUCAAAUCAAAGGUCUAAGAAGUCUUCUUCACUAACUUUUAUAAAGAAGUAUUUAAGGAGACUUCUGUGCAAAAAGGUUUGACUGACCUCUGGAUUCUAGUCAUUUUUAAAAAGCAAUUUAUCAUCACACCUUGAGUCUCCCAUAUAGUAAAGGAAAAGGAAUUGAUAUAUUAGACAUGACUAAGGAUCUCCUCUGGAAGAUAAAUAAUGCCAGCAUAUCCAGUGAAGACCCAUUCCCUAGUGCCCAGAGUUAGCAUUCUGGAGACUAAAGAUUGCACUUUUUGUAGUUUUUCGUCCAAAUGCAAUCCCAUUUCUGUGCCUCUUAGCAUGCAAUUAGAUUGGGAUAAACAAGAUUCCUAAGGAAUGACUAUUAACUAUAAUAUGGUUACAGCUAUUACAUAAAUGUGUGUGUGUGUGUGUGUGUGUGUGUGUAUAAAUAUAUAUAUUCUGGUUAUAGUUCUAAUAUGGAGAUGUAUGCGAUGCUGGCCUGUGGCAGUCUGUAUAAUGCUUUAAAUCCUUUGGAGGAGGCCAGGCUUGGAGCUGAGGUGUGGUUGGAACUUUCCCUAAGUAUUGAUUCUUUAUUCAGGAAGUAUAAAGAUGCCACUUUCUCCCCUUCUGCCUUGUUGUGGUAUCUGAAACAUACUCCAAAAGAGUAUUCCCUUCUCUCGUUAUUAACCACGAUUCUAUAUUUAUGAAUAAUUUUUAUAAGUGGACAUAAAAAAAUUUGAACCCCAAAACGCCCAGGCCAGCUACAGGGCCAGAGUCUGUAGAUUCCCACACCCCAGUUUCAGCUAGGGCCAUCUCACCCACCAAGACAGGAUGCAGGCAUUUCUUUAAGUCUCAGAGGUAGCAGUAAACUCUUCAGUGUUGCUGUUAGCAAGUGUGUGUUUGCCAGUAGAUAUUCAUGUGUACUAAUGUGCCAACCAGUGAACGUUGACUGCACAUUUUCCACUGUGUUCCUACGGGUGCCAUGAAGCGUGUGAGGAGCCUCUCAUCUAGAGGAAUGAUCACUGCAUUGACUACUGCUGUCAGGAUUGUGUUGUGUGAAAUAAUCAUCUACAUAAUUUUUAUAUGCACAGUAAUUUCCCUUUUAUAUGUCAGGUAAAUAUUUGUAAAAGUUAUACUCACACAAAUGAAAUUAUUAUAAUGAUUACUAAUAUAUUUUUUCCAUGUUUCAUUGCCUGAAUAAAAACUG